CCCGCGGCGCAAUUCCCUGCCUGGGCUGCUGCAAGUCGCCAUUUAUACUGGAACACUGAUGCAGUAAGGAAAUCCUGAGACCGUGUACAAAAGCUGACAUUUGGGAUUUCGGCGAUUCUAUGUUUGCUGGAGCUUCAAUCAGAGGAUUCAGUCGCUGUUUUCCCUGCCCACUCAAGAGAGGUAGCUUGUACUGGUCCUGCUAUCUGGUUGAAAAUGUUCCUGCUGUCACAUCAUCUCCAGGGGCAAUCCUGUGUUCCAUAUCUUCCACUCAUGCUACGUGUAUGCAUCCAAGAAACUACAGUUUGGCAAGGCCUCUUUCAAGUUUGGCACCAUUACCUUCUUCCUCAGAUUUCCUUUUCAUUCAGAGAUCAAAUAUGUCAGCCCAGGGUAUUUUUAGGAGCUGGCUGCUAGCUAGGUACAUGAGUAAUGCCUCAUUUGAGCUGAACACAAACAAUGAUGUUGUAAGGUUCUCACUGGGCAAGACGCCUGAUAAUAGUAAUUCCACAACAACGGCUAAGAAGAAGAAAAAAGUUAAAAUGUCUAGAAAAGCAAAAUUGAAGGAGCUCAGAUUCUAUCGUUUGAAGGCUAAAAAGAAGAUGAAUUCUCCAAAUCCAGAAGUGAGGAUAAGAUAUAAGCUUGAGAAGGCCAAGCGGAAGGAAGCCUGGUUGAUUGAGAAGCUGAGGAACUUUGAGGUACCAAAAUCCCCAGCAGAAACAUAUGAUCCAGAAAUUUUAACAGAGGAAGAGAUACAUUACCUGAAGCGUACUGGUGAGAAAAAGAAAAAUUAUGUUCCAGUCGGGAGACGAGGAGUGUUUGGCGGGGUUGUUCUGAACAUGCAUCUUCAUUGGAAGAGGCAUGAGACCGUUAAGGUUGUCUGCAAGCCUUGCAAGCCAGGACAGGUUCAUGAAUAUGCAGAGGAACUUGCCCGUUUGAGCAAGGGUAUUGUGAUUGACAUCAAGCCCAAUAAUACCAUGAUUUUCUACCGUGGAAAGAACUAUGUGCAGCCAAAAGUAAUGUCACCUCCAGAUACGCUGUCAAAAGAGAAGGCCUUGGAGAAAUAUAGAUAUGAGCAGUCCCUUGAGCAUACAAGCCAGUUCAUUGAGAAGUUGGAGAAGGAGCUAGAAGACUAUCGUCAACACCUUGAACGAUUUAGAAAAGGGAGAGAAAGCACCUGAAGAAUAAAGAUGCUAUGCGUGAGUAUCAUAUUACCUGAUUGACAACUUGCAUAAAUGAUGCUUGUUUCGAUAGCCCAAAGGGGGCAGAAAAGCUCUUAAUAUAUGCAUUUUUCUCGUUUCUGACUUUCUGAAGAUUCGGUCUAGAUGUGUAAUUGUAUUAUAUGAUCAAUCUGAAGUUCUGAAUCUGCUGAGGAACCUUCUACCAGUUUUUUUGUUAUUUUUUUUGAGUGGUAAUGUCAAUCAGGAAGAGCAGAAGUAAAGAAGCAAAUUAUGACAAGCGGAGACUACCUAAAUUAAAUGUUGAAACAACGUGUUGUUCUAGUGAUCCUUUUGGCGGGCCAUAUUAUUGAAUGUUGCGGUUUUAUCUCUGGGAAUUGGGGCAGGGUAAUUCUGCUUUUCCAGACCUGAGGUU